AUGGACAACGAAAAGGACAUUGAGAGCGGCCAAUCAAUAAAUGACAAUAAUAUGGAGGAUAUUUCUCAACCAGAUUUGCUGUGCCAUACCUAUGCAGUUGAUUCUCAAGUGGCAAGUAAAACACAUUUAGACAUAAACCAUUCAUUGUCAUUUAGUAAUACUUCUUGUGAACAUUCUAAAAUUCAAGAAGAAGAAUGCGCUUUUUUAACAAAUAACCUACAAAGUGUUCAUCUGACACGUGACAAUCCAUUAUCCAUUAAUCUUCCAUCACGGAGACGUCGAUUAAUACCCAUCAACAAUAAACCUAAUGAUUAUGACUAUGAAUCAAGUUCCGGUAGUGAAUUCAGUGACAGUACUGAUAGAUUCUUAAAUGUGGACCUCGGAAACAAAUCAAUACCUGAGUUAACAGCUGAAGAAGAACUCAAAGAUGAACGAAACUGGAGGUCUUGUACGGUAACUGGUGUUGUUAGUAAGAUUGAUAUGAAAGUAAUAGAGCCUUAUAAGUGUGUGCUAUCACAUGGUGGUUAUAUGACAACUGGUUCACACAAUGCUAUUAUUGUAUUUAGUGCAUGCUAUUUACCGCAUCGUGAUCGUGUAGACUACAAUUAUGUUAUGAAUAAUCUAUUUGCAUAUGUAGUUUCAACUUUGGACCAACUAGUUACAGAAGAUUAUGUUCUAGUCUAUCUUCAAGGGGGUACUUCUAAGGAUUGUGUUCCUGGUUUCUCUUGGCUGAAACGUUGUUACAAGAUGAUUGAUAGAAAACUAAGGAAAAAUUUGAAGUUUUUGUAUUUGGUUCAUCCGACGUUUUGGUUAAAAACUCUUGUAUUAAUGAUCAAACCAUUUGUAAGCUCAAAAUUUGGCAACAAGAUACAUUUCAUCAACAGCCUAGAUGAACUCUAUGACUGUGUGCCAGUUGAAAGAGCUAGUAUACCAGAUAGGGUAAAACAAUUUGAUUGUACAAAAUCAAAUUCUAAUAAGUAG